CAAAAAACGCGCGCCGCGCACCCCGCGCCAUCGACGCGCCCGCGCCCGCAGAUCUUCGUCAAGACGCUGACGGGCAAGACCAUCACGUUGGACGUCGAGCCGUCGGACACCAUCGACAACGUCAAACAAAAAAUCCAGGACAAGGAGGGCAUCCCGCCGGACCAGCAGCGGUUGAUCUUCGCCGGCAAGCAAUUGGAGGAUGGACGCACGCUCAGCGACUACAACAUCCAGAAGGAGUCCACCCUCCACUUAGUACUGAGACUGAGAGGCGGCGUCCGCGUCCAUUUAUCGUGGAUGACCGCGGGAAACUGGGCUUCAGAUCAUAUCAUGGAGGGUUGUACCGAAGGCAUCAUCCCGGGCACGGGCUACCUCAAGUUUCAAGUGGAUGUCGACCUCAAGAACACGACGCAUGCUGAGCUCAAACAGAUCGCCCUCGACUCGGGAAGUCUCCCGCCCUUACACGAGCCCGUGGGCUUUCACUUUCACGGCAAAAAACUUGUCGAGGAGGGGACGCUGAAGACGUACGGCGUCAAAAGGGGCGACACGAUCUUCGUGGACGUGCGCCGCGAGGCCUUCGACCUGGAGAAGACGGGCCCGCCCGCCUUCGCGGGCUCGGACGACGAGGAUGCUGAUGAUGGCGCGCGCGAGUAG